AUGACCUUGAAGCUCUUCAACCUGUCGGGCGCCAUUUGGACGCAUAGCGAGAAGAACAUUGAUGCAGCAGCGAAGAAACGCUAUGAAGAGCUGCUCAAGCAAGUCGACGCCAAAGGCCCCUUCGACCACGCCAAGGCAAAAGAAGCUGCCUACUUGUCGAUCAAACAGGGGGAGAAAAGAUCCAAGAAUGGGAAGACUUGUGCCGUCGGCGAGGUGAGUGCGGAAGUGGAGGACAAGCGCCUUUUGCGGGGAACUGUGGGCAUUGUCCAUUCUUGGGUGUGGGAGGAAGGGUGGCAGCGUCCAUCGGUGGUCUACUUGAAAUUUGAGGGCGUAAAGUGGCAGCUGGAAGGGGUGUCGGAGCCAGGGGUGUAUCCCAUCGUGGCCCGCACAGCAGACUGGUGGUUGGACAAGGGGCGCAAGACUUUCAGGCGGUUGGAGGCAGAGAACCUGAAAAAGCACAAAUGCUGCGGCUGCAGCACAAUGAAAAUAGCAGAUGCCUUUCCACGAGCGCAGUUGGCGCAGCCAGAAGCAGAUAUGAUGAGGCACUGCCUGAAGUGCUUGCAAGUGAAGAGGGCCGACGGGAUGCAAUGCCGAAAAUGCUUGAUGACCAAGACGCCGGCCAAGUUCACACCGGCUAUGACGACCAUGCCCGCGGCCGGCAUACUUUGCAUUGGUUGCCAGGGCGCGGUGAAGAAGCAGAUCAACCGACAAUGGAAAGGCUUCUUCACAUGCCAAGUCUGCUCCCAAAUUUUCCCAACCGCAGUGGGCGUAGGCAAGGAGCGAAAGCAAGCCUGCUCCAAUUGUGCGUCCAGGGAGGCUGACCGAGAGAAAGGCUGGCAGACCUGCCGAAGAAAGGCGUGCAAGCGAAAAUUUGCAGACGGAUGUUUGAAAGACGGGAAGAGGCAGCGCUAUUGUCCAGAGUGCCGGGCCCGCUAG